AUGGCCGAGGAACCCGUUCUCGUUCUCGUCACCGGUGCCGCAGAUCUUCUUUUUCUUUUGCAGGUUGUGGUUGUUGCGAAUCCUGCAAAUACAAAUGCAUUGAUUCUGAAGGAAUAUGCACCAUCCAUCCCUGAGAAAAAUAUUACAUGUCUGACUAGAUUGGAUCAUAAUAGGGCAUUGGGUCAGAUUGCUGAGAAAUUGAAGGUUCAAGUUUCUGACGUGAAAAAUGCCAUUAUAUGGGGAAAUCACUUGUCAACUCAGUAUCCCGAUGUCAACGAUGCGACUGUUAAUACCCCAUCCGGUGAAAAACCUGUAUGUGAACUCAUUAAGGAUGAUGCAUGGUUGAAUGGAGAAUUCAUUGCUACAGUCCAACAACGUGGUGCUGCAAUUAUUAAAGCUAGGAAGCUUUCAAGUGCACUUUCUGCUGCUAGUGGUGCUUGCGACCACAUUCGUGACUGGGUUCUUGGAACUCCAGAGGGAACAUGGGUUUCAAUGGGGGUGUAUUCUGAUGGCUCUUACAAUGUGCCUGCUGGCCUCACCUAUUCGUUUCCAGUAACUUGUCGCAAUGGAGAAUGGACCAUCGUACAAGGUCUCCCAAUCAAUGAAUUCUCGCGGAAGAUGGAUGCGACAGCAGAGGAACUGACUGAGGAAAAAGCACUUGCAUACUCUUGCCUCUCUUGAAUGCCAUCUUUGGCCGUCUAGCAUCUUACAGUUUUGAAUAAUGCUGUUCUAUUAUCAUGAUUUAGAAUGUUACAGCGGCAGGAGAGCAGCUUCAAUGGAUUUCUAUGUUUUCUUUUGGCCACCGGAAAGGUACUCUUCCUUAUUGAGGGAUCCGUAAAAGAAUUGUUGGUGUGUUUACUAGUAAUCUAUGAGAUCUUAUAUGCUUAUCCGAUGCAUGAGUUUAUUAGUAGGUAUUUGGCUUGGUUUUGGU